AUCCGCUAUUCAACAUAGAAGAAGAAGAACAAAGUAGGCGAAGAAGAAAAGACACUCGUCACAUGGGAGUUAAAAAGUCUUAAGGUUGAGCUGUUCCUCUGAAGCCAUGACAAGGUGGGCGAGAGCCAAUAAUGUGCACAGACACAAACCGGCCGAGGCAACUCCCUGGAACCAGCUGAGAGCAGCUGGCAGGAGAGGAGCAGGACAGGAUGGAGGUCACUCUGUGGAGGCUUCUCGACGAGGUCAGACAGACCCUCUGAGAAAGACCUUCAAUACCGCCGGGAAGACGGCCAACCACAGAAAGAAAGAGUACCUCAACGAGGAUGUAAACGGAUUCCUGGAGUACCUAAACCAGGGCGGACACGGCCUGCCUGUUGGGAAGGAAGGAGAGAAAGAGACGGAGCAGGAGUUGAAGGAGAAGGUGGAGGUGGCCUUGAAGAAGGACCAGAGGAGGGAGGACAGAAGGGUUAAGAGGCAGAAGGACAAGAAGAAUAAGAUGGUGUGCUUUAACUGCAGGAAGCCCGGUCACGGUUUGGCCGAUUGUCCUGAAGCCGACAGAGACGAAGAGAUGGGCAGAGGGAUCUGCUUCCGCUGCGGUUCCACUGAACAUGAGAUCCAGAGGUGUAGAGCUAAAGUGGACCCAGCUCUGGGCGAAUAUCCGUAUGCUAAGUGCUUCAUCUGUGGUCAGACUGGACACCUGUCACGCUCCUGCCCCGACAAUCCCAAAGGACUGUAUGCACAAGGCGGCUGCUGCCGUGUCUGCGGGUCGGUGGAGCAUUUCCAGAAGGACUGUCCGGAGCACCAAGCAGCAACUAACUCUGUGACUUUGGGCUGGUUGUCCAAUAAUAGGAGUGCAGACAUGGAGGAUAUUCACAUUCCAGUGAAAAAAGCCAAACCCAGGCAACCCAAAGUGAUAACCUUUUGAGGACUCAACAUGUAAAGCUGCUCUGCAUCCUAUUCCUGGACCCGGAUCUGUUGGAAAUAGUUUAUGAAACCUGGAUGUGUCUGGAUGCUGCAGAACAGAACAGACCACAGGUUCAAACCAGUGAGCAGGUCCUGGAUCAGCCGCUGAGCAACAUUUCGUGAAAGUUGAUUUAAAAAUGUCGGACUGGAGCUGCAUACAGACGGUGUUACUGAACGUUUGCAGCACAUCUAUUUUGAUUGAAAUAAAAAGGCUUCAUCUGUACAGAUUUAGUAUAAUUUACAACAAAUUUUACAAACCUCUGAACCAAUAACCCAUCCUAAAUAAACUGUAACUUUUACAA